UGGUUGUUUCUGAUACACUUGCAUACGCAACUGAUGAGAAGAAACAAAUGGUAUUAGGUCAAGGAAUGCUGGUGGUACAAGAUGAUUCAAGUAUAGCCGAUGAAGAUGGAAUCGAAAUUGAACAGGUUUGA